AUGGCUGCCACAAAGUUCGAGGGAUGGCUCGGCAAGGACGAGAAGUCCGUUGAGGGCAAGAUGGAGUGGGGCUCGUUCGAGCCCAAGAAGUGGUCAGAGGAUGAUGUCGAUAUCGAGAUUUCCCAUUGCGGAGUGUGCGGAUCAGACCUUCACGUCCUGAAGUCAGGGUGGAGUCCUACUCCUUACCCCUGCGUUGUCGGCCACGAGAUCAUCGGCAAGGCCGUCAAGGUCGGCAGCAACGUCAAGCACGUCAAGGAGGGAGACCGUGUAGGUGUCGGCGCCCAGGCCCGUUCCUGCCUGCAGAAGGACUGCCCCGACUGCUCCACCGGCGCUGAGAACCACUGCCGCCGCGCCAACGUCAACACAUACGGCUCCGUCUACCCCAACGACGAGGGCAAGUCCUACGGUGGAUACGCCACACACAACCGCACAAACGGACACUUCGUCCUGCCCAUCCCCGAGGGUCUCGACUCUGCUGACGCAGCGCCCAUGCUGUGCGGUGGUAUCACCGUCUUCUCGCCGCUGAAGCAGAACGGAUGCGGGCCCGGCAAGACGGUUGGUAUUGUCGGUGUUGGUGGACUUGGACACUUCGGUGUGCUGUUCGCCAAGGCACUGGAGGCAGACAAGGUCGUCGGUAUCUCGCGGAAAGCGGAGAAGCGCGACGAGGUGCUCCAGCUCGGUGCGGAUCAGUACAUUGCGACCGACGAGGACGAGGACUGGGCCAAGAAGAACGCCCAGACGCUUGAUCUCAUCGUCUGCACAGUGAGCAGCGAGAAGAUGCCAUUGGACCAGUACCUGCAGCUGUUGAAGACAAAGGGUACCUUCAUCCAGGUUGGUGCUCCCGACGGCGGCAAGCUCCCCAACAUCAACGCCUUCACCCUCAUCGCAAGCGGCAUCAAGGUCGGCGGCAGCGCCAUCGGCACGCCCAAGGAAAUCUCAGAGAUGCUCGAGAUUGCCGCGGAGAAGAAGGUCAAGCCCUGGAUCCAGAAGCGCCCCAUGAAGGACGCCAACAAGACGGUUGUUGAUAUGGAGGCCGGCAAGGCGAGGUACAGGUAUGUGCUGGAGAACUAG